UAAUGUCUUGUUGAAAAGCCAUGGUAGCAGGAAAAGCACUGUCUCAUUGGCAGCUGCAUGAACUGAGAAGGAGGAGUAAUUGGAGAGAGAGAAUGAGAAAAGGCAGAACAAAAUAGAGAUCAGCUUAGACACUUGGCACAGCAGAAAAAUGAGCACCGGUAACAUAUCCACUGCAGAUACAACAGAUGGGAUGGAUGUUUACAAAAGCAUCCAGUUAGCCUCCCUUGUCAUCUACUGUAUAAUAUCUGCCGUUGGGAUUCUGGGCAACGGUCUGGUCAUCUACGUGACAGGCUUCAGGAUGAAGAGAACAGUCAACUCAGUUUGGUUUCUCAACUUGGCCCUGGCUGACUUCCUCUUUACAACCUUCCUGAUUUUCACAACUGUUUCUUACUACCACCAUCACCACUGGCCUUUUGGACUUUUUAUGUGCAAGCUCAACACUUUAGUGACUGUAGUCAACAUGUUUGCCAGUAUCUUUCUUCUGACAGCCAUAAGUCUGGAUCGUUGCCUGGCAAUAUGCGUGGUGGUGUGGGCACAAAACAAGCGCACCGUUUGCAAAGCUCAGAUUAUAUGUGCAGUCAUCUGGGUUGCUGCUGUAGCCUGCAGCGCCCCUUUUGCCACUUUCCGUGAACUGUAUACGAGUGAUGACACAAGUAACUGUAUUUAUUCUGAAUCCUUGACACGUGAAAAACAAUUGUCUUUGUUGUUAUUUCGCUUUGUUAUGGGCUUCCUCCUCCCAUUCCUGGUAAUAUUUGUCUCGUAUGUGGCCAUAGGUGUUCGCGCAGGGCGCCUGCAGAGGAGCAGGAAAAAGAGACCUCGCAGAAUCAUUUUCUCUAUCGUUCUUGCAUUCCUUAUCUGCUGGUUUCCCUUCCAUGUUAUGCAGUUCAUAGAAUUUAAGGUUAAAAGUCAUGGAAAUUCCAACAAUUUUGUUAUGAUUGGAGCUCCUCUGACUGUAUGUCUGGCCUUUAUGAACAGCUGCCUGAACCCCAUUCUCUACGUUUUCAUGUGUGAUGAAUUCCAGAAGAAGCUCAAGCAGUCCAUAUGCUUCGUCCUGGAAAGUGCUCUGGCAGAGGACCACUUGUCAUUCAUGUCCUCUCGCUCCCUGUCCUCACACUUUUCCAAGUCUUCCCGAAAAUCUGAGUCUGUUGCACCUGGAGAGGAAAGGCACAUCCACUUCCUUAACCUUCAUGGAAUGCAAAGCGGUCUUUACCGAUGAGAAUGACGCGGUGUGCACUUAAUCUGACCUCCGUAACCACUUCCUUAAACUCCACAGAAAGCAAAGUGGUCAUCACUGAGGGGAGAGAGAGAGAGAGAGAGAGAGAGAGAGAGAGAGAGAGAGAGAGAGAGACACUGAGCACUGAUUGAAUCCAUACUUGUGAUAUAGUAUAUAAUAGUACAGUGAACUGAAGAUCACAUGUUCAGUUGAUUCAAAUAGUACUUACAUAUAUCCUUAGAAAAUGAGUAGAAUAUUCACUGUGUGUAAUUCUUUAAAUGUUAAAGCGCCUACUCACUAACUAGUGUUUUCACUUACAAAUGGCUUUUAAGACAUCCCUCCUGUUACUUAUGUUGCACCUGUUAUGACUUGCAUAAUAGUUUGACGACAUCACACAUCUCCCAAUGUGUUUCUGGGUCUUAUCAGCCAGAAUAAAUGAAAACACCUGUGAGGGUGUGCUUCAGCUUCAGCUUGUUCUUUGUGUAAUCAUGAAUGUAAAACACUUAAAGUGAAUUAUUUUGUAUCUUCUAACUGUAACCUUCAAGACUUGCCUAUGAUUCAUUUUGAUAGAGAAAUCAGUUUUAUGUUGAUGUUUGUAAGCUUUUGAUGCCUAUUCAUUUACCUAUAGUUAUCAGCAUCUAUGACACUGUCACACAUAAGAAUGAACUUUUAUAACUGUGCAUUUUAAUACAGAGAACAAAAACUU